AUGCACGAGUCCAGAAUUCUUAUUGGUUUUGCACUCCCACAGCAAGCUGGUCUGGUCCGCAUCUUCGACCGCAAGUCAUGCUUGUCUGUGCAUGGAGAGGUGGCCUACGCGCUUGCCAAGCACCUGUAUCGCAGCACAGCCCAGGUGUCCCGCAGCGGUGUGGCAGACAACGGCCUUCCAGGGGUGACACUGAGCUGGGCCUUGCUCCCCUCCACCCUGCGCUACCUGUUGAUUGACCCCGGCGAGCACAGUGUGGAGUUCUAUGAGGGGGCGGGGACUAACUGGUCAUGCACCAAGAGGGGCUCUCCUAGCUUGUUGAGUGACUUUGAGGCCGAGCUGACUCGAUCAGGGGAUCUUGGGGAGGUCCCCCUCCUGGCCGCCCUGUCUCUAGGGCAAACCGAAGGUCUACGCACGGUGGGCCUGGCGUACGUUGACCCCGGGGCACGCGUGCUGAGGACGGUCGAGUUCACCGACGACGACCACUUCAACCACCUGGAGAGCGCCCUGGUGCAGCUGGGAGUGCGCGAGUGCGCGGUCGUCAAGGACACGGCGUCUGAGGCGGGGCAGCCCGGCGCCCAGUCCCUGGAUCUGCACAGGGCCAUGGACGACCUGCAGCGCCUGCUGCUCCCGGGAACCCUGGAGCAGCACCGGCAUGUGCUGGAGGGGCACCAUGCCUCCGCGGCCCUGGCCGGCGUGCUGGCCUUUGGCGAGCUGCUGGCCGACGGGUCGGGGCAUGGCAAGUACGGCCUGGACCGGCUGGACCUGGGCAAGUUCAUGCGCAUGGAUGCCGCCGCCCAGCGCGCACUGAGCGUGAUGCGGGGGCGGGGCGACGUCUCAGACACCUUUUCGCUAUUUGGACUGCUAAACCGGGGCAAGACCGCCAUGGGGAAGCGCCUGCUCAGGACCUGGUUGAAGCAGCCGCUGCUCGACCUGGAUACCCUGAGGAUGAGGCAUGAUGUGGUGGAGGCGCUGGUGGGGGAUGCGGAGCUGCGCCAAGCGCUGCAGCAGAUGCACCUCAGAGGCUUGCCGGACCUGGAGAUGCUGUCGCGGAAGCUGGAGCGCGGCAAGGCCUCCCUCAGCGACCUGUGCCAGCUGUACCGCGCCUCCUCACGUCUGCCCCUGAUCGAGGCCGUCCUCCGGGCGCACUCAGGGCCACACGCCUCGACCCUGAUGGAGAGAUUCGCCGACCCCCUGGCCCUGGCCCACGACGCCGACCACCUCGUGCGUUUCGAGGCGCUGCUGGAGACGGCGAUCGACCUGGACCGCAUCCCAGAUGAGUACCUCAUCGCCGCCAGCUACGACCCGGGUCUGCAAGAGGUGGAGGUGGAGAAGCUGAACCUGGAGAAGAAGAUCCAGGGCCUGGCGGAGGAGGCCGCCCAGGACCUGGGGCUGUGCCUGGACAAGACCAUCAAGCUGGAGUGGCACAAGUUUGCCAACCAGCGCCUGCGGUGUCUCAGGAUCACCACGAAGGAGGAGAAGUCGGUCCGGUCCAAGCUGCGGGCCCGAUACCUCGAGCUUGAGACCCGCAAGGAUGGCCUCAAGUUCACCAACAAGGCGCUCAAGGCGGCCGCCGAGCGGCUGCAGGCACUAGCAUCCGAGUACGAUUCGCGCCAGUCGACUCUCGUGGCGCAGGUGGUGUCUGUGGCGGCCACCUUCUGCCAGGUGUGGGAGCAGGUGCGCAGCGUACUCGCUGAGCUGGACGUCCUGGUGGCGUUUGCGGACGUCGCUGUCACCGCCCCCAGGCCCUACGUCCGGCCCUCCCUGCUGCCCGCCGACGUUAUCCACACCCAGGCGCUACGCCUCACUGCAGGGGGUCGCGUGGAGCUGGUCGGCUGCCGGCACCCCUGUGUGGAGCUGCAGGAGGGCGUCGAUUUUAUUCCAAACGACUGCGUCAUGCAGCGCGGGGAGAGCUGGUUCCAGAUCAUCACCGGCCCCAACAUGGGUGGGAAGAGCACCUUCAUCCGGCAGGUCGGCAUCUCGGUGCUGCUGGCGCAGGUGGGGUCCUGGGUGCCCUGCACCCAGGCCAGCAUCGCCGUGCGGGACGCCAUUUUCGCGCGCGUGGGCGCCGGGGACAGCCAGGCCCGCGGCGUCUCCACCUUCAUGGCCGAGAUGCUGGAAAGCGCGGCCAUCCUCAAGGGCGCCACGCCAGCCUCCCUGGUCAUCAUCGACGAGCUUGGGAGGGGCACAUCCACUUGGGACGGCAUGGGUCUGGCGUGGGCCAUCUCCGAGCACCUCAUGAACGGCAUUGGCUGCCCCACCCUGUUUGCCACCCACUUCCACGAGCUGACGGCGCUGCGGGGGGCUGGCGGCGUGAAGAACCUGCACGUGGGCGCGGCCAUCGACCACACCUCCGGCGCGCUCACCAUGCUGUACCAGGUGGAGGAGGGGUCCUGCGACAAGUCUUUCGGCAUCCACGUCGCGGAAUUCGCCAGGUUCCCCCCUGCCAUCGUGGAGGCGGCCAGGAAGGCGGCGGCGGCUGCCGCGUCCGAUAAGCACCAGGCUGACAGUGAGGUCUCGGCGUCAAAGCGGCAGAAGGCGGGGUCGGACGCGGCCCUGCAGGCCGCCCUGCUCGAGUUUGCCGAGCUGCCUCUGGAGGGCGGUGCCGAGUCAGGCCGCGCGCGCGAGGCGCUUACCAGCUGGCAGGGCAGGGCUGCAGCCCUCCUGAAGGAGCUGGAGGUAUGA